AUGGUUAAAAUCGUGGCGAACUAUGAAAUUAUGAGAACGUUGGGACAAGGCAAAUACUCCAAAGUCAAGUUUGGGAGAGAUUUGGAGACGGGAGAAACGUAUGCGAUUAAGAUUAUGAAUUUGAGUUAUAUAAAAAAGGAGCAGAUGGAAACGCAGUUGAAACGAGAAAUUGCCAUCAUGAAAAUAAUGAAACAUCCGAACAUUGUAAAAUUGAAAGAAGUGCUACAAACGGAGAAUAAUAUGUAUGUCAUUAUGGAGUUAGUAACGGGAGGAGAGCUGUUUGACCGUAUUGUUGCUGCGGAGAAGUUUGAUGAAAUUACAGCAAGGCGAUAUUUCCAUCAACUCGUGUCUGCAGUCGAAUAUUGUCAUAAUCAGGGAAUUGCUCAUCGAGAUUUGAAACCAGAAAAUUUAUUGUUGGAUUCGACCGAUCGGCUCAAAAUUACGGACUUUGGACUUAGUAGUAUUGUACCAAACAAACUCGGAAAAUCACAACUAUUGAAAACAACAUGCGGAACACCAAACUAUGUCUCGCCUGAAGUCAUCAAAGAAAAGGGUUAUGACGGUUUCAUUUCAGACAUUUGGUCACUUGGAGUGAUUCUUUAUGUAAUGCUAACUGGAAGACUACCCUUUGAUGACAGGAAUAUUAAUGUAUUAUUUAAAAAAAUAGAAAGUGGAAAGGUUGAUUAUCCCAUACAUCUUUCAAAAGAAGCAAAACAUUUAAUCUCAAGCAUGUUGCAGGUGAAUCCAAAGAAACGAUAUACCAUUGCUCAAAUCAAGGCAUCUAAAUGGUUCCAAAUAGGAUAUAAGGAAGAGUUUGCAGUCAUAAUGCCACAUAUUCAAUCUAAAAUAGAGCUAUCUAAUUCAGAUAUAAAAAACGCCGUAAAAGAUAGCUUCUACAAGGAGGUCGAUCAACUUCCAUCUUCAUCCACACCAAAACCACCAUCUGAGGUUCGGAUGAAUGCUUUUGAUUUAGCGUCACAAUUUGUGAUGGGAUCGAUUUCAAAGAUGGCUACAGGCCAAGACGCACUGCUAAUAAGGAGACAAACGCGGUUGGUUGCCCUAGGAAAAACAGAAGAAAUUUCUGAAAAAGUAUUCCAAAUAUUGAAAAACGAGCGAGCAAAUCCCAAAUUCAAGGGAACCACCCUUAUCAAAUGCUACAUGAAUAUGGCUGACACUGUAAUUACGAUGAACGUUGCAAUUUUGAAAACUGUUUCCGAUUCUUUAUUAAUUAUUGAAUUUAGAAGAGGCAAAGGCAAUUUUCUUGCCUUUCACCAAUUUUUUAGGCAUGUUGCUUCAAAAAUGUCUGAUUUUGUUGUUUCUGCCAAUUCACAAGGUCCUAAAUCAAAUUCUCCAACUUCGUCGAACGAGCAGCAAACACAAAGCUCGUCUACAGAAGUUGUAACCACAGACGCUCCAAAACAAUAA